UCUCUCUCACUGGGAAUCUUUCAGCACAAAACCCACAAUUUACUACUUCCUAUAUUCCACUCUUCACGCCUCAUUGUCAUCACCGGACCCCUCCUUUUACUUCUUCCCCCUUCUGCCUCCAUCAUUUCGUUAUAUUAUAUCUUCUGGUCCACUCCCACUUUUGGCCAUGUUCCUCCUUUCUUCUUCUGAUGAUGAUUCUGAAUGUUAAAUGCUUAUUAUAGCUUGAUGGGUUUGUAAGUUUCUUUGAGGAUUUGAUCACGGAAUUGAAGCUGAGCCAUGGACGAUGGGAUUGUGCAGCCACUUGCAGAAGGAUCGAAAGCAGAAAAUGGAGGAAUUACAGAUAAUUACCGACAACAGGCUGCAACAACCAGUACUCAGCCAAGAGGAGCCGAGUCACUGCCAGCCUUCGUCGGCAAGCAUAGGUUGCAAGCUGCCAUUUCCCAGCUCAAUAACGAAAUCAAUAUAAUUGAGGGCGAGCUGGAACAAUUGGAAACAAUGGGUGAAUCCUCCAG